UUGGUCUGCGGAGUUCUCAGAAAUGCAUCAGGAUGCCCAUCCCUUUGUCUAGAGCUCUCAGACAGAAGGCAAUACGUGCAGAUGAUUGGUGGGCUCUUCUGGACUUUGAGAGCAUCAGGAAGUCAGGGAUUGCAGGGGGCCUGCGGCUGCGCAUUCGCCUCUACCAGAAACAACGGCUGUCGGAUACGAUGGAAAGCAGCAACUCGGAGAGGGGCGCAGACCCCAGAGAGAGCCGUACGGACUUUGCACAGAACAACCCGCUGGCUGAUGAACCCGAAUGUGGCAGUGCCUCUGGAGAUGAAGGGAAAAAGGUGGACGACGACUCGCAGGAAGCAGAAAGGGGGGACAAAUGCGGGACCCAGGAACUCCAUACAUCUGAGCCACAUGUAAGCCAGGCAGUGACCAACAUGAAUGCCCCUCGGUGUGAAACCAAAUCUGCGGAAUCCAAAAGCCAUGAGGUCACGCUCACAGUCAGCAUUGCAAUGGCUCUUCCCCAAGGUUUCUCUGAAGGUGAAGAGGACCCAGUUAUCGCAGAGAAGAGCAACAGAAAAAAGCCGAAGCAGGUUCUGCCCAGCGGAGUUCUGGAAGCUCCUAAAGCGCAGAGCUACUACCGCAUUGAGUUCACUUUGCUCCCUGAUGACCCAGAGCCGAUGAAAUUCGACCUGGUGAUGUUCGGUGUAGCAGCGAAAAUCUACACGGACAAUGAAACCAAGGUUUUGAUGCCGUGGCAGGAGGGGGACCAGGUGUGGCUCGCCUGGAGUCACUGUGUGAAGGCUGCCAUCACCAGGGACCUGGUGCUGAAGCUGGCCUCGCACAGGGUCGCCUUCCGUGUGUGGGACACCAAGGACAGGCUGUCCUCCAAAGCCAGGCGCGACAGGCCCAGAACGUUUCGGCUGCAGCAGGGGCGUGGGGGGGACGACGCCGACCACGAGGGCGGCGUCAAGGCCAUGGUGCAGCAUCUGAGAAGUGUUUUUGAAAUGGAGCGUCCUAAGUGCCGACCCUCAGUCAAAAGACGCAGAGACUCUGCCGUUUUGGAUGCUGCGAGACCUUCAGAGCUCGACGAUGGUUCAGGUGGGAACCUUUAG